GACAGGGGGUGGGCGGAGCCAGACACAAAGCGAAUCCCAGGCAGGGCGGAGGCUGAGCUGCAGCCGGUGUGUGUAAGGGGACUAGGGGACAGCAUGUCAGCCGAGGGCGAGGAGCAGAGCCCAGACAGCUAUGACAGCAGGUGUAUAUUCUGCAGGAUCUCCAACAACCAGGAGAGCGGCUCCGAGAUCCUCCAUUCUGAUGAGGAUCUGGUCUGCUUUAGAGACAUAAGACCCGGAGCGCCAUAUCAUUUUCUAGUGGUACCCAAGAAGCAUAUAGGGAACUGCAAAACCUUAACCAAUGAACAUGUACCACUAGUUAAGAAAAUGAUAGAAGUUGGGAAGAAUAUGCUACAGAGAAAUCAUGUCACAGAUUUGGAGGAUAUAAGGUUAGGCUUCCAUUGGCCUCCUUUCUGCUCGAUAGGCCAUUUGCAUCUACAUGUUCUGGCUCCAGCCAGCCAACUGGGAUUUCUUUCAAGAAUGAUUUACAGAAUCAAUUCUUAUUGGUUCAUCACGGCUGACCAGCUCCUGGAGCGCCUUCAAGCAAACACAACCACAAGCUGAAAUACCAUUUACUUCAUAUGCUAGGAUAUCAUUCCAGAUGGAUGAGUCCCACUGUGCCAGUCCAACUAAGAUAGAAUCUCACAAUCAUUUAUUAAUGAAUGAAUGGGGUGUGUUUAUUCUUUGAAAGCAAGCUCGGAAAUGGAUAAUACACUUUAUAUAACAUGCCCAUUAUUUUGUGGAGAAGCUGACGAAGAGGCAUAUGUAUUUUUCAGAAGGUCCUGUGAGGUCUAAUGCAUGUUAUUUAUUUUAUAACUUGUAUGUAUAUUUAGUAGGAUGCCUGUUAAUAGGAGUAUGGAUUACCAAAUAGCUGGUUCUUACAAUAUAGGAGGCACAGCAUCGAAUUCUUGCAGAUUGUGAAGUAAGCCCCUCAGCCUGGCAAUUUUUUAUUUAUUUUUUAUUUUUUUAACAGAAGGAAUUUUAUUAGAAGAAAAAAAGAGUACCAUUGUACAUGUGAAGAGCAGUAGACAGUACAUGAAAAUAGAAUAGAUCAACUAACAGAAAACAACUAGAUGAUCUGAUAGCCAGGAGGUACAUCAAGAGACAGAUUAAAUCAUAUAACAAAAAUAUGAAAUCUAGACUCGGGGCACGAAUGUAUACAUAUAUAUGUCAGGACUUCCUAGCCACCCACUCGACCUGGGGCAGCCUGGCAAUUUUAAUUCUGGAAGAUGCUGGAGACACCUUAUCAUGCAUAAAAUAUUGCAUUAUAGACUGUUUGUUUAAUCUUAAUACAAACUUCACUUCUGAUUAAAUAUCUUCCCAUCUGUUCCAGUGCUCAAUUACCUGGCAUCUAUUUCUAUCUUCAUGCUUUUUGGCUUUACCGAAUUUUGGUUCUGCUCAGUAGUGGGACGUUCCGGCCAUGCCUGCAACAUGGUAACGGUUCUCUACUUGGUAAUUGGGAGGCUUUCACACAGGGAUCACUACACUACACUACUAUUGACAUCGUUUGAUAAGCAGCCCCAAAAUGUACAACCUCAAAUCAUCCUGGUGCUUUUAGGCUGCUCAUCUGUAGUUUAAGGAUUCAACAAAUGUCCAUAAGGCUGCAGGAUUUCUUAUGAAGCCAUUUUAUAAGUCUUUCUAAUCUUCUAACAACCUUUUAACUCUGCCUUUCUCAUGGCAUUUUACAAUUAUCCUUUAUAUCUUCUGCUAUGGCUUACUGUAUAUUCUAUUCAGGUUUCUGUGAUAUCAAUACAACAUGUUACCCUCCAGCUAAUGAUUUCCUUUCUUGAUUUGUAAAUUAUAUUUGCCAUUAAAUAGUAAUUUAUUGUGC